GGACCGUCCAAUCACAGGCAAGAAGAGGUACUUGGCGGUUGCUCGAAGUGUGAAGGUCAACAAUGUUUUCUUGGGUGUUUGAAUGUCGCAUGCGCAGGCAAAUGACCCAUGUGCCACAGGUUUUGAAAAUGGUCGAAGCCAUCGCGGGGCGCUAUGUAGUGUAUGAUACCGGUACGCAACACCUUCUGGAAGAAGUUGGAGGGUGGUACCUCUAUGUAGUUCGUGAUGACUUGCAGCGGGGAUGAUAUCUUGAGGUGCUUUUGCUCGGUUUUUGAUAGUUUAAGGUGCAACCGUAAGCGUCAAGCUUACCCAGGUUCCCGGCCAUGCUCAUCAUCCCAGCCCAAAAGCCAAGUAUAGCGGGAGAGCAAGCCACCCAUCGCCGCCGGGAGAGAAUAUUUUUUUUUUGUGUGAGGAAGAGAGAAAGAAGACACGCUAGUAGUGUUGAUCUGGGAAAGUCAUUUUGGAAUGAUCGUCGUCGAGUUCGGCAGGUUGAUCAGACACGACCGGAGUCAGUGGUUAGUGUACACCACAUGGACCUCCUCCGAGCAGAAACAAAAACCGGAUCACCGAGAUGACAAUGGGAAAGGCACGGUACCCGACCUCUAGCGCGCGACAACCAAGGGCCCCCCCGAACGACAGGAGCUUUCCCGCUGUGGACUGCUCUUCUAGGAAUGGAGCUUGGGCCAUCCAAGGGAAGAGCUCUCGGCUGUCAGCAGCAGCUCUCCAAGCCGGCAGGCGGUGAGCCGAUAAGGCAGAAUCCAUUUCUUAUCGCAUGUCCCUCGCCCAAACGGAAGUUCCGAUGACAACAAUGGACAGUUGUCAAUGAUUGCAGCACAUCACACUUGAACUCAGAAAAUGCCACAACAAGACGGAGAAUGGAGUCAAGUAAGCCGGAAGCGGGGACGCAUCCGUAAUGUGCCAAAGCCCAAGACGGUUGUGGAUGAGAGCAAGGAGAACGAGCUGGGAAUCCGACCAAAUCCAAACCCCGAAUUCACAGUCAGCGACAUCCACAAGCAUCACAAUACGGCCAGACAAGAGUGGCAGAUAUCGGAUUGCUGGAAGACCCUGAAGGACCUGCUUGCCACUGCUUGGUCCGAGUCCAACCAUCCACCCAUCACCAAAGCCAUUUGUUUCGGGCCUGGUCCCUAUGAUCCCAGCAAUGGCAGCUUUGCGGCUAGGCGAACCGCUCAUAUGCAGACUGCAGCCUUUUGCGCCAUUGUAGACUUCCUAGAAUCUCAAUGUGAUCACAAAAUCAAACGUGUCAUUCAGGAGCCCAUGUUCACCCAGAUCGACAAGGACUUCUGUGUCGAACUUGGGUUUGAAGUUGCCGAUACCCCUGAUGCAUUUCCCAUGGUCGAUGAACAGACUUUGGUCUAUGGCAUUCAUAUGGAGCUUCGCACGUAUUACCUUGCUCUGGCUACACUUCCAGCUGCAUUUAUCGGUGGAGGUUUGGAAGAAUGGGAAAAGGUUAUCGACUUUGACCCCAGUCUCAACGAGUUCAUUGGUCCCAUCUCCGAGAUGGAUGCCACUUACACCAAGUACCCUUUUCCCGACAUGAACUACAUAUUCUCCAGCACGACCAUGUACUGGCGGAAGGGCGACCACGCCCCUAACAUCCCAGGUAGUCCGAAAACGUCACUACGAGAAACCUCCCAGGCAUCGAACCAGGCAUCGGACGUUAUUGAAGCAUUGGAAGGCUUAAAGUUGUCGGAGCAAGCAUCAGAAGAGAAGGAAUCUGAUACGGAGUCCUCCAAACAUACAGAGAAACUUGUGGAACCGAGCGGUUGCAGAGAAUCGAAGCCACCGACCACUGAGGAGUGAUGGUCAUUUCAGGCCUCAGAGCGCUUGGUAAUUCAUCAUCUUUCUCCUACACUCAUCUUUCAUGGUUGGCUUUGUUAUACGCUCUCAUUCAUGAUACCGGAUUUCUUAUCAUCGGUCGAAUCUGAAAAUCACUUUGCCCUCAGCCGCCUAGUCCUCUUGACUUCGUGAGCAGUACAGACAACCGGGAUUUCGGGUACCAAGAUGUCUCAUCUUAUGCCUGGCUUCGCUGCGCUCAUUUCCCUCUCGCAGUUCCGGAAAACCUGCAUAUCACAUCCACAUCGCCAUAGCCUGUUGCACUGUUGGUUUAGGACCACAAAUGUCGACGUCGGGUUCCCCUGCGCAGACAGCCCCAGCACCAUCAGACCACA